CUUAACUGUAAUAAAUAUGACGAGAUGACCUGCUUGUUGAUUUAUUUAUUACUUUGAUCUCAUAUUUAACGGAAUCUCUAAAUAUAUAUCAAAUUUUUUAAGAAAUAAUUUUUUUUUUAUAGAAUAAUUUAACAGUGACAAGUAGUAAAAUAAAAAUAAAUAAAAAAUGUUGACACCACGUUUUGAAUUGAGUCAAGAUGAGAGUGAAUUAAUAAUAAAUAUAUAUGCACCUUAUGCAAAUAUUAAAGACACCGAAGUUUAUGUUGAGAAAACAGAUUUUCGUUUUUUUUCAUCCCCUUAUUAUUUACGCUUAAAAUUACCUGGAGAGAUAAUAGAAAACGAUAAAUCAUUUGGUUCAUACGAUUGUGAUACUGGAAAGUUUUUAUUAAAAUUUUCAAAAAUAAAUCCUGGAGAACAUUUUGAUAAUCUUGACAUGAUAACGACUUUACUUGCACCCGCAAAAGAAAAGAAAAAUUUGACGGCCAACAUUGAAGUCAUUGGGAAUCCAGCUGUUGCUAAUGAAUCUCUGGAUGACAAUGAAUCAGAUGAUUGGUUUAUACCGCAAUCAGCAUCAACAUCAUCAUCACUAACAAUUUUAACAAACGCACCGAAAUAUGGAUUUGCAAAUAAAAUUUCUAAUGCAUUGAGAUCAUUUGAGGAAGGAUGGUUAAAAGACGUCGUAGAUUUACCAUCGCCUGAUUCAACAACUACGAAAUUGCGUUCAUCUCUCCGCGAAUCCGAUGAAUUAAAUCACUUUAGCGAUGAUCAUUACAUGGCUGAUUUAUUCCAGUCCCAAGAUACAGUAAGACCAAUCUUAGACUUCAAUCCUCCUUGGCAUAGUUUUAAAUCCGCAGAAAUAGAAUUCACUGACCGCGAAAAAGAUAUUUUGAAAGAGCUUCCAAACAAAGAAUUUUUACUCGACACACAAGAGAUCCAAUCAGUAAUUUACGGUCUCAUAGACAUUUUAUUCGCAAGUUCAUACAAUCAUCGAGUGACGAUAGGUGAAAAUACUAGCGAGAGUAGUUGGGAUGUUAAUAAAUUAAGCGGUACUUUAUGUUGGUUUGAAAGUUAUCAAAAUAUGCACCAAGUUGUCAAAACUUGCGUACGUCGAUCGCUCUGUUAUCCGAUUUAUCGUAACUGGGAAUUGUCAAUGAAGAUCUUGGAAGAUGUUAAAAUCAUGAUAAAGCUUGGCAAGAAGUUUAUUGUCAAGCGAUUAUGCGAAAUUUAUGAUUUGUUCAAUAAUUCAUACGAGCCGCGUUACGUAUUGAACCAAUUGUACAUCCGGGAUUAUCUAAUUUGGCUUCAACAAGUGCCCGAAAGUGUGAUAGAGUCAAUGGCAGGAGAAUUAGAAACCGUUGGGAUAAAAAAAGAGGAUGUUGGGUUAGAUCUUGUUGAACUGGAGGCUGCUGCUUGGUCGGUUUUGAAAGAGGAGGAAGAGAAGAAAAACAAAAAUGAGGAUGUAAGAAUUGAUAUCGAGCAAGAGAGUUUCCCGGAAUACUUUAUUAAUAGUGUUGUUGACGGCGUGGGUAAGUUGGAAUUGAAGGAUGAUAGUGACAGUGAUACUGACACUGGUACUGAAACUGACAGUGAUGUCGAUAGUGAUAGUGACAGUGAUAGUGAGGACAGUGAUAGCGAUUCAGAUUCAAGUUCUUCGGAUUUAAGUAGCAGUUCAAGUGAUUCAUCAAGUUUAGAGGAUAAUAAUAAAAAGCGGGAAGAUAAAGUUGAUCUAGACUCUGAUGAUCUUACUGAAGAGGAAGAGUAGACGAAUAAUAUUUAUUCUUAAUAAUAAUUAAUACUCAAAAUUUAAGUGUUUUUGGCAAGGGAUGAAAUGAAACGACCUAAGACCAAGGUGCGAUGAUUGGCUGCGUGAGCCUAAGGCUUUAAAAAAUAAUUAAUUUUUGAUGCGGGGUUUAAUUAUCUAAAGAUGACUGUUGAUAUUUGCUAGACGAUUUUUGGGCUAAAUAAGUGGUACAUAUUUAUUUUAUAGUUACAAUUAUCAAUAUUCUUUGUACUAGAGGCGUAAUGUCUUUAUUUUUCAAUUAUUUCAAUAAAAUAUUUGUAGAAAAAUAAGUUUUAA